UUAUACCCUAUAACAGUGACUACCUACUUAUAUAUAUGUAUGCGGUCAAGCCAUAUUGUUCUUAAGUGUUCGAAUUUUAUCCUAAAAGAAUGAAUAAGAAGACAGUAGAAUUUUACGAUCUAUCACGGAAAGAACGGGAAGUAUUAGAAUGGAGAUAUGCAAGAAGAAAACAAUUACGUACUGAGUAUUUAAAAGAAAUAUUACAUCCAACAAAGCAAACAAUUCCUGUAGAUAAUGCACUUAUGCUGUUUUCUCACACAAGAAUGCAACAUGAGUAUCAUGUGAAAUUAAGAUUUGUACCUCACUUAAUAGUUGCUGCAGGAUUUGUUACAUUCAUUUCUACAGCUGGAACUAUUAUUCGCAAAAUUAAGCAAUAUAGAGACCGGAUUAUACGUAGUGGUAAAAAAAAAUAUAGUGAAAGACGAUAUAAAUUCGCAUAAAAAUUACUUUCUCAUGUAGUAUAUUUAUAAAUAAUGAAUUUGUAAAUUUAAGUAAUUAUUCUGUAUGCUAAUGUAAGUAGUGCUUUAUGUACUAUAAUAUAUAUUUAGUACAGACAAUUAUUUCACAAAUAAACAUGAUGAGGCAAUAA